CCACCCCCGCAUUCGUCAUGCUCGCAUCGUUGGUGCGGCUGACUGACUGACUGACCGACCGAUCAAUCCAUCCCUCAAUCGGAUGGUCAAUGCGGAAGGAGAAAGACGAGCACUUACUUCAACAACAACCAGUGAACGUAACGUACGAACCAACUGUGUGAGUAACCCAACCAACCAACAAAUCACCACCACUUGGAACCGAGCAAACGAACAGCCUGCACCUUUUUACCUAUCGAUAGAGCGAGAGAGAGACCUGGAACUUGGCAAGCAAAGCGAGAACAACCCCAAAACAAUACAUUAUUAGUGUUGGACUAGCUAGCUAGAGUGUGUCGAGAAAUCAGGAGGGUGAGCAUUAUUUGUGUGUGAUUGGCUUUGCUUUGAACGGCGAACAAGUAGAGAAUUUUAUUCCGAACACCUAUUAUUACUGAAGAGGCGCGCAAGUGAAUUUAGAAAAACAAUCAAUCAACGGACGAAUUUAGAAUUGACAGUUGAAUAUAUAUAGACAGAAUGAGUGGCAUGCGGUGGGGCGAUCAUUGCAGCUCUGAUGAAGAGUCGUUCAACGAAGACACUCCAUUGGAAGCGUUUGAAGACAGCGACGAUGAGGCGGACAAUGCGGUUCCAAGCAAACAACAGCAAGAAGAAGAAGAACCCGUCAAACCACAAGAAGAUCCGGAAGUGAAAGAAGUGACGGAGCCAUUGGCCGCGCAAGCUCCAGUAGCGGAUGGUGAGGAGCAGCCAAAGGAGGAGGGUGUGGAAGAACCACCAGAACCCGAAGCACGCACGUACAAUUUCCCAACCAAUCCUCCCUUUACGAUUUUUGUGGGCAAUUUGGCCUAUGACAUUCGUGACGGGCGCAUGCUGGCCGAAGCCAUUGCCACUGUCGUCAAGGAACGUUUGCAACAAGAAGUCCACGUCACCAAUGGAAAAAUUCCAUCGCAGCCAUCUCAUUAUCAUAAUAAUCAUCGAGGAGGCGGAGGAGGAGGCGAUCGUCAUCGAGGAUAUGGAUACGUCGAAGUCGCGUCGUUGGAUGAAAUGAAAAUAGUGUUGGAAUUGAACAAUGAUCACGGAGCUCGCAUGUCAGGACGCAAGAUGCAGCUCGAUACGGCACAACCCAAGCAGAUACGUGACAACCAAAACAACAAUAAUAAUAAUCGGGGAUUCAACAACAACAGCAAUAACAACAAUCGUCGAGCAUCGGCACCAGAAGUGGAUGGACGACAGUUUCGACAAGGAAAAUACGGCAAUAAUAAAGACAAAGACAACCACAAAGACAACAAAGACAACAACAAGCGUGCUGGUCCUCCUGCCGAGCAAAAGCGUCCUUCCUUGAUCCUCAAGCCACGAACCAAACCAUUGGAAGAAAAGGAUCAACGAGGAUCCAAAUCAGACAUUUUUGGAGGCGCAAAAGCACGUGAUCACAAUGCCUGGCAAUCCAAACGACAGAGUGCCCCGCCCACCACUACGGCGCCUCCAGCUGUGGUGGCAGUGCCAACACCAGAGGAACCAAAGAACAAUGAUCGUCGAACAUCCGGUCGCGGUGGUGGUGGUGGUCGUGGAGGACGAGGAGGACAAAAUGACGACCGUCGUGGGGGGCACAAUAGCAAUCGUGGUGGACGAGGAGGAGGCCGUGGCGGUGGUGGAGGACGUGGAGGAGGUCGACACAACAACAACAACCAUCAAGACAAUAAGGGACGUGGCAACCACAACAACCACAAAAAGGAUCACGACAACAAAAAGGACCAUGACAAGAAGGACCAUGACAAGAAGGAACACGACAAAAAGGACCAUGACAACAAAAAAGACCACGACAAAAAGGACAAGGGCGGUACCACCACCACCAACAAAGCACCCGCCCCGGCACCUCCAGCUGUCGAACCCAAAAAGGAACCUGCCAAGCCGAAGGUUACCAAUGCAUUUUCGGCAUUGGCUUUUGAUUCCGACUCGGAUUAGAUGCGAUGCAUGCUUGGCCAGAGGCUUUUUUUCGCCAGAACAGUCACGCUCAUCGAAUUCAAUCAUCCGCGUUGCUUGUAUUAGCUACCUACCGUUGUUGGCCCAUUCGAGUCCAACACGAAAACGAAACAAACUACAACAACAACGGACGCUUGGGUCGACUGUUCUUUCUUGUGUGUGAAAAACGCCAUCAUCUCUCAUUCUUCAGUUUCAUUCGCAUCAAUCAAUCAAUCAAUCAAUCAGCACUCAUCAUUCCAAUCCAAAAAUAAAUAAAUAUCAUGUAACCACCAAACGACGAAACGAUCAGCCGUACCGUACCGUACCGUACCGUACCACCAUCUUGUAGUACGUAGGUUGU